GUCAAGUUAGGAAGGGUGUUUUCCUGACGGUAUAUAGACAUGACUCCCCUGUUGGUUUUCUAAAAGCUCUCGUAAAGACGAAGGACAGACAGAAUAAUGACACAAAAUCAUGUGGCGGGGAUGGAGACAUCCGCCAUCUCGGUGCUGAAGCGGGCAGUGGAGCUGGACCACAGCGGCCGCUUCCAGGAGUCUCUGGUCUGCUACCAGGAAGGCAUCCAGCUGCUCAUGGACGUGUUAAAAGCUGUGAAAGACGACUCAAAGCGAGGCCACUACAGGGUGAAGAUAAAGGGCUACAUGGACAGAGCAGAACAAAUCAAAGUUCAUGUGAACCAGCUGAAAGAAGAUGGGAAGUACCAUGAGCAGAUUAGAAUAGCAGAGGAUGCUACUGGUUACAGCUACGAGGCUCUGUUCAAGCCCUACAUGAGCAGUUUACUCACAGAAGUCUGGGUACAAGACCCAUACAUACGGCACAUCCACCAAUUGUACAACUUCCUGCGUUUCUGUGAGACGCUGCUAAAAUCGUCCUGCAAGGUGACAAAGAUCCAUCUCCUCACUUCACAGGACGAAGCGGAGAGCGGUCAGCAGAGCAGCGCUCUGGCUGAGCUGAAAGAGAGUCUGAGUGCUCAGGGAGUGACUCUGGAUCUGCAGUACUCUUCCACUAUACAUGACAGGGAGAUCAGGUUUGACAAUGGUUGGAUCAUAAAGAUAGGGAGAGGGCUGGAUUACUUCAAGAGACCUAAGGGUCGAUUCUCUAUUGGAUAUUGUGACUAUGACCUGCGGCAGUGCCAGGAGACCAACGUAGACAUUUUUCACACCAAACACACAAAAACACUAUGAAAUUCCUAAAGCUUAAAUACAUUUUUUUUGCCAUCAUAAUUUACUUACCUGUCUCAAAACGCAUAUGCUGUGAUUUUGGAUUUGCCUUAACAUACACAUGCAUCUGUCGGCCUUAUUACUGUGUAACUGGGCACAUUUAUUUUUUUAAUAUUCUUUAUUUUUUGACAGUUAUAUUCAAAAACAUACAUCAGCCCAAGGGCAAUUUUCUUUCUUCUGCUGUCAACCUUUUUCAAAAUUGGGAAACUUUGUACAUUUUGGAAGAGGUAUAGUGUAACUGGGCACAUUUUAUCACGUUUUACAAUAUGCUUUUUGUCACACUGGUAAACAAACUUUGCUAAAAAAUUGUAUUUUUCCAUUCUUUCAUAAGAGUUUUUACAACAUUUUUUUUUUAACUUUUUAAACUUUUCUAUUGCUGUAUGCUUUUAGGAUGUCAUACCGCCAUCUGGUGGAAAAAAUAAGUAAAACAUAAAAAAAACAUGUUUGAAGUGCCAUUAUGAUACCAUAAAUGUCUCUGUGUUUUAUUAUUUUAUUUGAACCAUGAAAUGAGCUUUGUCCAGUUACUCAAUUUUAUUGUCUCACAUUUAAAGAAUGCUAUUCAAAAACAAUAAAUACAUAUGAAAAUAUGUUAAUAAAAGG